AUGGGGAGAGGGAAAGUUACAUUGAGCAGAAUUGAAAACUCAACAAGCAGGAAAGUUACUUUCUCAAAGAGGAAGAACGGGAUUCUGAAGAAAGCUUAUGAGCUUUCUGUUCUCUGUGAUUGUGAAGUUGCUAUUCUCAUUUUCUCUCCUGCAGGAAAACUUUAUCAAUACGCUAGCGGCGAUGUGGACAGGACCAUUGCGAGGUAUAGGGGUGAAGUAUCAUUGCUUAAUCCAAAUAAACAACGCCCAAAGACUGUGGAGAGAUUUUUGAAAGAUGGGAUUGAAGAAUUAGAAUCAGCACACAACAUGGAAGAAAGACUAAGGCACUUAGCUGGAGAAGAUAUAUCCACGUGGGGCAUUGAAGAACUCAAAAAGCUUGAAUGUCAGUUAAAAGCAGGCGUUGAGCGUAUUCGUUCUAAGAAGAGCUGCAUAACUUCAGAGCACUUGAACUUUCUGAAAAGAAUGUUGCAAGAGCUGCCUGAUGCCGACAUGAACUCGCGCAUUUGGGGAUUGAAUGCACCGCAUGCAUUUCAACCAAGAAUGAGUGAUAUUGAAUUAUGCAAUGCAUCCUGGAGUGUUCAAGAUUCAGUCACUUCACUGCAGUACUUGGCAGCUGGUGAUGACAAACUUGCUUUACUUUGGGCUUAUUCCCCAGCUCAAGGGCUAGUAGCUGCGGCUUUUCCUGUUGCUGGACAUGUAUAA